CCAUACCACACCAAAAUGCCAUUACCUUGUGAAGGGAGAGUGCCGUUUUCUAAUGAUAUUCGAUGUUCCUAAAACCCAAGGUAAUAAAUCAAUAUUUGGUAUAGUUGUUGUGGCUCCAGAUUCUUGAACAAUGUGUUUGGCAAAUAUGGAAGAGUAUGGCAUUCGAUGUGGAAGUGAACCCGGACCUGAGAUAUCUCCCUCGAGCUUAUCACCUCCCCCAGCGCCGAACCAAGAAUGAAGUUGCCAAAGACCACUUCAAGCUUCUUCUGACUCUUGUGGGUGGCAAGAGCCAGGGUGCCUUGAGAAAGUUCCUGAGGAGUUUAAGCCACUUAGGCAGAAGUUAUUGGAGAUUACAGAGAUCUUUGACGCAGAACCUGUUUUCCAUGAAUAGAAGAGCGAGUGAAAAGGAGGGCGGAGAGGCCAUGACAGGGGUUACAUUAAGAAGCAAACGUGUGUUGAAUUCAGCACAAAGUUUGCCGGUCGAGGGCCUGAGUGAUGAUUGGAAGAAACGACUGACUGACUACCGGUUCUUAUGCGGGAUGGAAGAAGAACCCUUGAAAAGAAGAAGGUCUUUAUUCUGCAGAGAGAGCACUAAGAAUCACAGAAGACAUUCGGUCAGACAUACAAGGAAUAAAGAUGGCUAUCAGUGCCCAACAUGUAAGAUGAUUGUUCACAAGUCUUGCCUGAACAAGUUAACGCAGAACCAUACGUGUACUAUUGAAUACCCAGGGAAUCAAUUUUCUGUUUCGCUGGCGGUUCCCCACAAUGCACCACAACCUCCAAUACCGGAUAACCUCCAGGUGCAGGAGUAUCCUUGGUGGGCAGAAAGAAUGUCAAGGAAUGAGGCUACAAUUCACUUAGGAUUGGCGGCUGAAGGGACCUUUCUCCUCCGGUGGUCAGACCACAACGAGCAGCCUGUUUUGUCACUCAAGGCCAUGGGGGAAGUGAAACACAUGCGCGUCUAUAGACAGGAGGAAACGGGCUACUUCUAUCUGAGUGAAGCCCGUUAUUUCACGUCUGUGGUGGACCUCGUUCACCAUUACAGAAGUUCACCCCUCUCAGAAAGUUUCACUGGGCUUGAUUGUUGUUUGCGUCGGCCAAUAUAUGACACAGCAAUAGUACGAUACCCAUAUGAGGGGCCUGGAGCUGGACACCUCAGGCUUGUCCAAGGGCAGAGAGUCAUAAUAAUUAGUAGAGAAGGAGAGGGCCGCGGCUGGUGGAAGGGUCGAAUUGGAUCUAGGAUGGGAUACUUCCCAAGAGAAUAUGUCACCCUGGAAACUGACCCUCUUGCUGGUUGGUAAUGCUGCAACCAACAGGUUUUACAGUCUGAUCCAGUAGUUCAAGUUUCUAGUGGAACAGUGUUUUUAUAACACACACACACACACACAAUAUAUAUAUAUAUAUAUAUAUAUAUAUAUAUA